AUGCCGAAUUCGAAUCAAUUCUUUAUGAGAAAUGUAUCAACAUCUAUUGAUCGAUUAAGUCCACUGAAACAACAAUUUUCAAUCGACAAAAAUUUUUCAUAUACUCCGAAACGAACAUGUGCACAACUCAACGAUAAUAUCAAAGAACACUUAUAUGCACAAAUGAUUAAUGAAUCCCAUGAUACAUUGAAUAAGUCACAAGCAAUCGAAUUCUUAGGACAAGUAUCAACAACUGAAUCGAAAUUGUCAUUAUUUGAGGCGAUGAAAGAUAAAGUAACAUUUAGCAUUGAAAAAAUAGAUGAACUUGUAUCAUCAACAGAUUUAUCAUCUUCUAGUAAUAUAGAUUUAUCUUCUUAUGAUAAUUUUUCAUAUUUGAGUUUAUUAACUCCACAACAACAAUCUCCUCAUAUUUUUACAUCGUUUAAUAAUGCUGCACAAUCAACAAAAACAUUAUCAAAUACAAAUAAACGAUCAUCGUUACUACGUGGUUUGUUUGGACGAUAUUCAUCGAAACAAAGUGCACCCAUUGUUAAACAAUCAGUUAAAAAUUUUCAACGGGAAAAGAAAAAGAGAAGUAUUAGUGGUGGAGAUCAAGUCAAACUGUCACAUAUGAAAUUCAUUCAUAUGAAACAACCAUACCAAUCAAAACGUCCGCAUGACAUUAAUAUUCCGACUGAAAUUGUUGCCAAUCAAGAAAAUAUUAAUAACAAAAUGCAAUUCUUAUUGCAAGGUUUACGUUAUGAUUUUAAACAAAUCAAAGCUACAUCAACUAUUAAUUCAUCAGAAAUAAAACAAUUAUCAAAAGAUCCUUAUAAAUCCAUGUCAUCUCUAUCUGAUUCAACACCAAUACGGCAAAAUGUUAAUGAACAAAAACAACCUAUUCAAAGUGCACAUAGUAUUGGUGGUAUACCAAAAAUAAAAACUACUAAUAGUACACUAGAAAAAAUAUCAUUCAACGCUAAUCAACAUAAAUAUAAUGCACAAACGCCAACCUAUCAUUAUCCAAAACGUCUUUCAGCUAUUAAAAUACUUGCAAAGCAAUAUUCAUUACCAGUAGGUACGCAAAAUAAUACGGGACUUUUCUGGUAUAGUGCUAAUCAACAAACGAUGAAUAGAACUAUACCAUUUUGUAAACAUAAUAAUAUUUCUAAGAAAAACAAAAGAUUCGAUUCAUCUUCCGAUAGCCGAGAUACUUCGUCUUCAUCUAGUUCAUCAUCGACUAGUAAUAGUACUGAGACCAUAACGAACAGUACUUCUUCAAAUUCGUUAAGUUCAUCAACAACAUCCAAUAGUAAAAAAACCAGCAAAUCUACUUCAACUAGUACCACAUCAAGUUCUCAAUCUCAACAACAAACAAUUAAAACAACUGGACAUUAUAAUCGAAAUCAAAACGAUAAAGAUGAUUUUAUUCGAAUCGAUCUCAAUUCAAUCAUGAGUCGUACGUCAACAUCAACUAAUUUAACUUUAUUUCCUGGUUUUGAAACAGCUAUUAAUGUCUAUGAAGGUGUUUUAAUGAUGAAUGUUGAUUUAUCACAUAAAGUGAUUAAUAAUGUUAGUAUUUAUCAACGUUUACAAAAUAUUUUUGCACAAUUUCAAGAAUAUAAACUUGCACAAGAUACAGCUAUGCGAGAAUUAUGUUAUCAAUUACAAAUAGUUGAUCAUGCACAACCAUUACUUGUAUCAAAACUAUCAGGACGAAAUCGACGAGCUGGAAUUACAGGACCGAUUUUAUUAAUUCCAGAAUUUUGUCGUGAAACAGGUCAAAUAAUUUCUAUUAAAAAAAAAGAUUUUUAUUUUAUUUUUUAG